AUGGAAUUGUCAGUGAAGAAAAGUCGGCAAGGAAGAGCCAAUCUUCGACAAAUCAAUACCAUGAUAGACUACAUGGAAAAACAUCCCCAUGUAGCAAGAAAUAAAUUUACGACGCUACAUGGCAAGGAUAAUAUUAAAUGGAGUUGGAACACGAUGGCCGAUCAUUUAAACUCGUUAUCAAAUGACACCAAAGUGAAGGACGUUAAGUCUUGGAAAACGACAUGGAGAGAUUAUAAAACAGAAGUAUCCGAGAAAGUGCGCAAAUUAAGAAGCAAUAGAGCACAGACGGGAAACAAAGCCAUCGACAUUAUUCUUAAUGAUUUGGAUAAACGUGUCUUAGGAAUCAUAAGCCACCAAUAUGCUUCAGGCGUAGACCCAUGCCCGAAUGCCUUUCCGGAAGAACAUCUAUGA